AUGGCAGCGUCUCCUGAUGAGUCCCAUCACCGCAGACUGACUGCCGAUGAUAUCAGACUGGUUCACGGCACAUCUUGCGAAUCUAUCUCAGACUCCUCAGCUCACAGUCUUCCUGAUCUCUGCCAAGCUGACGUAGCUAGCCAGGGUCUUGACAGCGACAUCGCUCUCUUUCCUACAAACCUUUCUACGAACAACGCCACUGACUACUAUAAUGACUGGUUGAGUUGGCAUUCCAGUUUGGUAUCUGGUUCCGUCAGUGAAUUGGCUUCACUCUUCGAGAACGAAGACUAUGACGACUUCGUACGCGAUCGCUGUGAUGAUGAUGGCACCAUGUGCAGCAGUACGACAAUCGAUAUGUCAUCUUUAGACUUGUCAAUGAGUGAGAUUGAAAGAGGAUUUAUUAAUGACAAUCAGACAAUCGCUGAAAUCAUUCUGCUGCAAAUGAUUAGACAAGUGGUUUUUAAAGACUAUGAAUAACUGACAAUACUAUAUGGAAAUGUAUUGAUAAUAAAAAAUAAACACUUUAGUUUUUAUUGCAAGUCAUAUCUGUUUGUUUAGUACGAUAGUGAGUUUUGAUAAAUAUCCGUCCUCUCCUCAGCUCUCUUUGUAAAUGUGCUGGUCCCUCCCUAUCCCCUCCCCUUCACAUUAAAUCUCACUUUAUCUUACUGACCCAAUUCCCAUUUGACCAUGCAAAAUUAACAUUGAAAAUAAAUCAUCUUAAAAGGUUUUCGCAUGAUUUUUUUGAAAAUAUUUAUUCUGUUAUCUUUUACAGGUUAAAAACAGA